UCGUUGCGGAAUAGCAACGCAACUUGACUGCUAUGUUCGGCUGCACCGCUGCACGCCUGCACCUACAAAUCCAGCAGAGGCGCGCGUCGUCCUCCUCAUCCUCCUCGCACCCGCAAACCCCCCAACCCCAACUACCCCCAGUCUCAGGAGAGAACCUUCCAGAAGCACAAGAAUCCAAGGCCGUCGCCUUCCUCGCCGCGGGGGCCGCCUGAGAUCACAUAAACAAUGGUGAAGGCUGUUGCUGUGCUUGGUAGCAGUGAGGGUGUCAAGGGCACCAUCUUCUUCACCCAAGAGGGAGAUGGCCCUACCACUGUCACUGGAAGUGUCUCUGGCCUCAAGCCUGGCCUCCAUGGGUUCCAUGUGCAUGCUCUUGGUGACACCACCAAUGGCUGCAUGUCAACUGGACCACAUUACAAUCCUGCGAGCAAGGAGCAUGGAGCACCAGAAGAUGAGAACCGCCAUGCCGGUGAUCUUGGAAAUGUGACAGCUGGAGCAGAUGGUGUUGCUAACAUCAGUGUUACCGACAGCCAGAUUCCACUUACUGGACCGAACUCAAUCAUUGGCAGAGCUGUUGUUGUUCAUGCCGAUCCUGAUGAUCUUGGAAAGGGUGGGCACGAGCUCAGCAAGAGCACUGGAAACGCUGGUGGCCGUGUUGCUUGUGGGAUCAUUGGACUCCAGGGCUGAAAAUGAUCGCUGGACUUCGGGUGUCGUCUUUAUCUCCUGCCGUCGCCAACAGACCAGCCUGAACUUUCCUAGACAUCGUGAAAUAAGAGCACCUGAUCUAUGAUCAGUGUAUUUGCCAUUAAGCACCUGUAGCAACCGAUGAACUAAACUGUGUUGAACUAUGCUGGAUCGCCUGAGUAUGUGCUACGUGUCGGUUUUGAGAACAUCCUAUCGUUUCGAUGUGCUUUUGUGAAACGUGUUGUUGCAAUCA